AUGGGCAAGAUCAUUUUCUAUGAAGACAAGAAUUUUGCGGGUCAUCAGUAUGAAUGCAGUGGUGAUUGUUCAGAUAUGCUCUGCUAUCUUAGCUGCUGUAACUCCAUCAUGGUGAAGAGUGGAUGCUUCAUGAUCUAUGAACAACCACAUUACAAAGGCCAGCAAUUCUUGCUCCGUAAAGGAGAGUACCCAGACUUUAAAAGCUGGUUGGGCAAAAAUGACUGCGUCUGCUCCUGCUGUGAAAUUCCCAUGACACAGGGAUCUUCUCAUGAGGUGAAACUGUUUGAGAGAAUGGAGUAUGGAGGUCAAAUGAUGGCUCUUGUGGAUGACUGUCCAAAUGUCAUGGACAUGUUCCAAACAAAUCACAUAUUCUCCUGCAAGGUGAUCAGCGGAAGCUGGCUCUUCUUUGAACAGUCCAACUAUAAAGGCAGGAUGUACCUCAUAAGGCCUGGAGAAUACACAAGAUUCACUGAAUGGGGAGGCUUGAGUGCCCGUGUGGGUUCCAUCAAACGAAUAACUGAUAACUAG